AUGGCUUCCGCCAAUACGGGAACCGUCUCAGAAGCGAUUAAGCAUGAUCAUGCAGAGCUGAAGGAAUACUAUAUCAACAUACUGAGUGCGAAGGAUGAUGAUUCGAAAAUUCGUUGGCAAAAUCAGUUCACCUGGGAAUUAGCUCGGCAUUCCAUCGGUGAGGAACUUGUUGUAUACCCAGCCAUGGAAAAGUACAUGGGCGAAGAGGGCAAGCACCUAGCUCAAAAAGACCGAGAUGAACAUAACAAGGUCAAAGAACUCUUGUACAAGUUCCAAGGCUUAUCUCCAUCUGACCUAGAGUUUGAACCAACUAUCCAGUCGCUCUGGGACGUGCUUGGCAAGCAUAUUGAGGAGGAAGAAACAGAUGAUCUGCCAAAGCUGGAAAAGGUGAUACAGGAUGGCGAUUCCGCCCAACUGGUGAACAGCUUCGGAAGAACGAAGAUGUUUGUGCCAACACGCAGCCAUCCUUCAGCGCCCGAUAAGCCUCCCUUCGAAACCGUCGCUGGACUCAUGGCUGCACCCUUGGACAAAUUGGGUGAUAUUUUCCGACGUUUCCCACAGGGAUAGAGCCACAGCACACCGCGAAGUUAGCCCUGAAGUUCUGACCCGGGACUACGAUUGAGAAAUUGAGUGAG